UCUCAUCUUCGCUCCAACAUUCCUCACUCACUCACUCACUCGUAAACGUUUCUGAUCUCUUCAACAUUUCUAAACAUUCUCUGCUUCCAAUUUCUCGAAUCGAACACAAUUUCUUAGGGUUUCUACUUCAUUCAUUCAUUCCUAGGAUUUUCACCUCUUUCCGUUACUCUGAACUCACAAAUUCAAAAGAUUAGGUCAUGGCGUGCUCUGAUGAAAAACAUGAUCGAUUAAGCAAUCUCUCAGACGAUUUGAUUUGUCAUAUUUUGUCUUUCCUAUCAACAAAAGAGUCUUAUAGAACAUGUGUUCUAUCCAAAAGAUGGGAGUCGAUCUGCACCAAGAUUCCCAACCUUCACUUUCAAUUACCAGAGAUUUCAGGUCCUGUGAUAUCAAAAGAAGAAAUCCUAUCUUUCCAGCUUGCUUUCGUAAGACGCGACAAAAAUAGAAGAAAACUAACGUUUGAUAGUGAGAAAGGCUACCAGCCAUACCAGCCACAUGAUGUACACAUGUGGGUUUCAAAGGCAUUUGUAAAUUUUGCUCUCCUAAGACGCACCGAAAAUAUAAGAAAACUAAGGCUUCAUAGUGACAAAGGCUGCCAGCCAUAUGAUGUAGACAUGUGGGUUUCAAAGGCAUUAGAUCUCAAGGUCCAGGAACUUGACCUGGAUUUGUUUCUGCAUGAAAAAAUCUUAUUGCCGCUCCGGCUUUCUACGUGUGAGUCACUCGUAGUCUUAAAAUUGCGGGGCAGAAUUCAACCAACACUCAAUUCCUCUUUUCAUGUACAUUUACCGUCACUAAAGAUUCUUCAUCUCCAUGAAACUGUGAUGUAUUCUAUCUUUGAGGAUAGUAUAGAGUAUGAUCUCAAUAAUUUUCUAUCUGGUUGUCCUCGUCUGGAGGAACUUCUUUUAAAUGAGACCUUUCGAAUACCCAUCAACAUCUCUUUUCACUUAUUGAAGAGAUUAUUCCUUUAUUUAUAUAUGCCUACUUCUGUUAUUAAGUGUUGUCCACUUCAAAUUAAUGCCCCGUCACUCGAAGUUCUUUCUAUUACUGAUUUUUCAAUGAAACCUAGAAAGUAUGAGUUUGCAAGCUUGUCCAAUCUUGAUCGAGCUAGGCUUUCCAUUUGUAAGCUUCCGGAUUUUAACAAUUUGUAUACACUCUUGAAAGGACUUUCUAAUGUCAAAUCAUUGGCUCUCGGUUCUAACACUUUUCAUUUUCUCAGCAUCGAGGACAAACUUGACAACUUACAUCUUCUCACUUUUCACAGUUUGUUAUAUUUAUCAGUUGAAAUAUCUGAGAGUUGCAGUUGGAAUAUGCUCGUCAGCUUUCUGCAGAAUGCUCCAAAACUUAAGGAUCUUGCAGUUAAGAGAAAAAUUCAAACCAAUUUCCGAAGAAAGGAGGUUGGAAACUCGAGUUGGGUGGAGCCAUCGGUGACUCCGGCAUGUCUUAUAACCAGUCUCAUUACAUUUGAAUUUAAAGGAAUUCAAGACAUAAAAACUGAGUUGGACUUUACGCGAUAAAUUGUAAGUCACUCAAGUAGGUUAGAGAAGGUAAAGAUUUUCACACCCAGUUUAAAGAAAAGAAGAGUAGAAAAAAGCUUGCGCAAGGGGUCAAAGAAAUCCUUCGUACCAGUAUGGGAUAUUAAUUCAAUUGAAGAUCAUUUGGAUUUCUCCAAGAUUUCAAUGAAGACCACCUCACCCUCUUAAUCUAGUUAUCAAAGCUUAUAUUGGUUUGUUGCAUAGAAUUCUCUAAUGAUGAAGAACAAGAGAUGUUCUAUAUAAAACCUGUUUUUUGUUCUUCAUUCAUCUGAUAAGUACAAGCACUACAAGUCAACCAGAUUGUGGUAAUACUGAUAGAUUAAAAGUGUUAUCCAAUAUGAACUAUUGAUUUUAAAUCGAAAUUGUUCAAUCUUGUUCUUCUAUAUUUGUCAAUAGUAUACAAUUUCAUCUA